GGGGCAGCAGGAUGCUGCCUGUCUGUGUUGUGUAGCCUUUAGCCUGGUGCCCCGAGCCGCCACCAAGGUCCAUGUCGUCACCCCCAUUUUACAGGUGAGAAAACAGAAUUACCCGAGGCGCUGGGUUGAGGGCAACUGCACGGCUUGUAGAGAGGAAAAGACCUGUGCAUGGGAGCUGUCCUGUGGCACAGCAGCGGUGGGACAGAAAAAGGCCUCCUGCCAGACAGCAUGCUCUCCAAUACCCCAACGUCAGACCCAAAGAGUGGUGUCUGAUGCCAGGUGCCCUGCGCCUGCAGCCUCGCCCCGUCCCACGGGGGCCGCAGCACCGUGAGGUGCCAGCAGAGGCAGAUGACCGUGAGGGCUGCACACGUGUGCGCCCACGUGCACACGGAUUACAGGGGCCGUGCACAGCACACGCGUCACACGUGUGCUGUGUGUGCAGGUACAGUGCGCCGAGUGUGUUCGCACGUACGUGCAUGCCCCGGGCGUGCCAUGCAGCUUGCUCCCUCCCCAGGCAGCGAAGAUCGGAUCCUAGGCCAUCCACUAUAAACGUCUGCCAGGCCCCAGCCAGGGUUGACACCACCCAGAGCUCCUCCACUCCAGUGGCAUCAGUAGCCUCCCCCAGUUCCUCUGGGUGCCUGAUGGGCACCCCCACACCUGAGCCUCGUGUCAGGUGCCCAGGGCACCCAGAGGCUAAGGAGAAACUGCUGGCACAUCCAUCGGGGCUGACCUGCACAUACCGGGUGUUGACCCAGCCUCAGAGGCCCAUUUGGUUACAGCCUUUCCUGCCUCGUUUGCAUGCACUGUCCCACAGGCCCAGCUGUGCCCUCUGUCCCCAGAGGGAGGCACCUGCUGUGUCAAGAGCCCAGGCAGGGUGUGGGCAGAACCAGGCUCAGGGUCCCUGAAGUUUCCAGGCCUCAGACCCCCAGCAGAGCAACAGCCCAGACCUUUAAGUUGCACUGUUCUCAGACACGCUGAGCGGCCACAGCCCUACCCUGGGGCCCUCCCCACCCCAGCCACGGUAUGGAGAGCAGGCUGGCUGGCUGGCCCCUGAACCUGCAGCCCACCCCCUGCCCCCAACCCCCGACUCCUAACAGUCCUCCCCAGGGCUGGGAGAGGUGUUUCUGUACCCACUCCUCGGGGCACUGGUACCUCCCACAGGCAGCUGGAGACCCCAGGACCCUCUGGCAGGGAAGUCCUGAGUGUCGCUCCUCCUGUCCAGGAACGGGGUGGCUGCAGAGGGACGUGGACACAGGCAGGAUGCAAGGGGACUACGUGCUGGGUGGGCUCUUCCCCCUGGGCUCGGCAGAGGAUGCGGGUCUCGGCGACAGGACACAGCCCAAUGCCACCGUGUGCACCAGGUUCUCGGCCCUUGGCCUGCUCUGGGCGCUGGCCGUGAAGAUGGCUGUGGAGGAGAUCAACAAUGGGUCUGCCCUGCUGCCGGGGCUGCACCUGGGCUACGACCUCUUUGACACGUGUUCAGAGCCCGUGGUGGCCAUGAAGCCCAGCCUCAUGUUCAUGGCGAAAGCGGGCAGCUGCGACGUUGCCGCCUACUGCAAUUACACGCAGUACCAGCCCCGCGUGCUGGCUGUCAUCGGACCCCACUCGUCCGAGCUCGCCCUCAUCACCGGCAAGUUCUUCAGCUUCUUCCUCAUGCCUCAGGUCAGCUAUGGUGCCAGCACCGACCGGCUGAGCAACCGGGAGAUCUUCCCGUCCUUCUUCCGCACGGUGCCCAGCGACCGCGUGCAGGCCAUGGCGAUGGUGGAGCUGCUGCAGGAGCUCGGCUGGAACUGGGUGGCCGCGGUGGGCAGUGACGACGAGUACGGCCGGCAGGGCCUGAGCCUCUUCUCCAGCCUGGCCAACACACGGGGCAUCUGCAUCGCGCACGAGGGCCUGGUGCCGCUGCCACGCGCGGGCAGCCUGCGGCUGGGCACCGUCCAGGGCCUGCUGCACCAGGUGAACCAGAGCAGUGUGCAGGUGGUGGUGCUGUUCGCCUCCGCCCGUGCUGCCCGCACCCUCUUCAGCUACAGCAUCCACUGCAGGCUCUCGCCCAAGGUGUGGGUGGCCAGUGAGGCCUGGCUGACCUCGGACCUGGUCAUGACGCUGCCCGGCAUGGCCAGGGUGGGCACUGUGCUCGGCUUCCUGCAGCAGGGCGCCCCGAUGCCCGAGUUCCCGUCCUAUGUGCAGACCCGCCUGGCCCUGGCUGCCGACCCCGCCUUCUGUGCCUCACUGGACGCUGAGCAGCCAGGCCUGGAGGAGCACGUGGUGGGCCCACGCUGCCCCCAGUGCGACCACAUCACGCUAGAGAACAUAUCUGUGAGGCUGCUGUACCACCGGACCUUUGCUGCCUACGCGGCCGUGUAUGGCGUGGCCCAGGCCCUCCACAACACGCUGCUCUGCGACGCGUCAGGCUGCCCCUCGCGGGAGCCUGUGCGGCCCUGGCAGCUCCUGGAGAACAUGUACAACACAAGCUUCCGUGCCCGCGGCCUGGUGCUGCGGUUCGAUGCCAGCGGGAACGUGCACAUGGAUUAUGACCUGAAGCUGUGGGUGUGGCAGGACCCGACGCCCGUGUUGCGCACCGUAGGAGCCUUCGAUGGCCGCCUGAAGCUCUGGCACUCCCAGCUGUCCUGGCACACGCCAGGGAACCAGCCGCCCGUGUCCCAGUGCUCCCGGCAGUGCAGGGAGGGCCAGGUACGCCGAGUGAAGGGCUUCCACUCCUGCUGUUACGACUGCGUGGACUGCAAGGCCGGCAGCUAUCAGCGCAGCCCAGAUGACCUCCUCUGCACCCAGUGUGACCAGGACCAGUGGUCCCCGGACCGGAGCACACGCUGCUUUCCCCGCAGGCCCACAUUCCUGGCAUGGCAGGAGCCAGCCGUGCUGGUACUGCUUAUACUGCUGGGUCUGGCACUGGGCCUGGUGCUGGCGGCCCUGGGGCUCUUCAUCUGGCACUGGGACAGCCCACUGGUGCAGGCCUCAGGUGGGCCACGGGCCUGCUUUGGCCUGGCCUGCCUGGGCCUUGUCUGCCUCAGCGUCCUCCUGUUCCCUGGCCAGCCGGGCCCUGCCAGCUGCCUGGCCCAGCAGCCACUGCUCCACCUUCCACUCACUGGCUGCCUGAGCACGCUUUUCCUGCAAGCAGCCCAGAUAUUUGUGGGUUCAGAGCUGCCACCAAGCUGGGCAGAGCAGCUGCGUGGCUGCCUGCAGGGGCCCUGGGCCUGGAUGGUGGUGCUGCUUGCUCUGCUGGCGGAAGCAGCAUUAUGUGCCUGGUACCUGGUGGUCUUCCCACCAGAGGUGGUGACGGACUGGUGGGUGCUGCCCACAGAGGCGCUGGUGCACUGCCGCGUGCGCUCCUGGAUCAGCUUCGGCCUGGUGCAUGCCACCAAUGCCGUGCUGGCCUUCCUCUGCUUCCUGGGCACUUUCUUGGUGCAGAGCCGGCCAGGCCACUACAAUGGCGCCCGCGGCCUCACUUUUGCCAUGCUGGCCUACUUCAUCACCUGGAUCUCCUUCGUGCCCCUCUUUGCCAAUGUGCAUGUGGCCUACCAGCCCACGGUGCAGAUGGGCGCCAUCCUCCUCUGUGCCCUGGGCAUCCUGGCCACCUUCCACCUGCCCAAGUGCUACCUGCUGCUGUGGCGGCCGGAGCUCAACACCCCUGAGUUCUUCCUGGGAGAUGAUGCCGGAGGACAGGGCAGCAGUGGUACUGGGGGGAAGGAGACUCAGGGCAAAAGCAAGUGACCCCUGACCCAGUGACCUCACCCCAGUGAACCCAGACUUAGUUGAGAUGCCCCCAAACCAAGUUCCUAGGAAGCAACCCCCAGACUGUACCCCAGCUGCUGAGCCCGCCCCCAGCUCUAGAUCCUGACUGCAGGCUGACUGCCGACCUUAACGCCACGGCGAUCCUUGGGCCUGCAGCAUUCACGAAGGGCCUCAGCACCCACCUGGGGCCCCAGAGAAGCUCUGUAUCUGUCCUAGCCAAGCCCUGGCCAGGGCCUACCCAGGUGAUCCAGCCCCACUAUUCCAGAAAGAGGCCCAUAAAAAGGUUCCUUGGGGCUCCUGUAGUUCACACCAAGAGCUCAGGAAAGCCCCCAGCCAGAUCACUUGAACUCCAAGCUGAGCAUUACUUGCCUGGCCAGGCCCAGCCUGGAGCCUCCAGCCAGCACCCCAUCCAAGCAUCACGGGGAUGGGAGGUUGGUGGGUGGGCUGGAGCUGUUCUGACCCUUCUGCAGGGGCAUGUGACUGACCAUGGGCCCCAGAAUGGGACAGGAAUGGUGAGCAGGGCAGGGACGCACACCCAACCUCCCCCUCUCCAUGGCGCGGCCCGAGUGGGUAAAAUAGGGUCAGGUGGCCACCAGCACAGUAGACAGAGCCUGGGGGUCAGCACCAAGGCCAGCACCACAGCCAAGACCCCUGGAGCCAGGAGCUAGCACCACGGACAGAAGACCAGCUGCCAGGACCCUGCUGGCAGCCAGCACCGGGGACAGAGACCUGACACUGACCAG